UGGUCCUUCGAGCCACAAAGAAAGGCACUGUGGCUAAAUAAAUAUAAAAAAAUUAAUAUACAUAUAUGUGAAAAAGUGUUUAAUAAAAUAAUAAAAAUUAUACAAGUGACAAACAAAAUCAAACAAAAAAGAAAACCAAACAACAAAAUUGUGCCAAAAACCGGUUUCGCGAAACAGCAAGUGCAGUGACCUAUAUUAUUUUAGGUACAUACAGUAUAUACAUAUGUAUAUAGUAUACACUGUGCUACAAAAAGGUACAGAUAUAAAUAAAAUAAAAUAUUUACCAAAUAAAGAAAUGUGCAGUGCAAAUAUUCAAAACAUACAUAUUUAAAUAUAACUAAAUUUUAUAAAAACAAAAAAAAUAAUAAUAAAUAAAAUAAAAAAAAAUUUUACAAAAAUAAUUAAAAUCUGUUAAGUAAUAUUGUUUUGCGACCUUUUACAUACAAAUACAAAACAACAAAAAUAUAAUAAAAAUACAUAUAUGUUUAAUACUGUGAAAAAAACAAACAAAAAAAUUACAUAGAUGUUAAACAAAAUAAAAUUCAAACGCGCGCGAAACUAAAAUUUAAAACAGAAAUCGGGCGCGUUCUAACUAUAAAAUUAAAACUAUAAAAACAGCAAAAAUUUAAAAUAUAAAUCGGGCGCGAAAUAAUUAGAAAAAUAUAAUCACACAAUAAAGCAACGAAGUCAUAUUGAAACAAUCUACAAAGGAGGAAACGGGAGCAAGAGGACACUAAACAAAGGAGGAAAUUAGGAAAGAACAUUAAACACAGGAGGAAAUUGGAGUAGAUGAUCACUAAACACAGGAGGAAACUAAAACAAAAGCAGGGGAUAAUAACUACAAAAUUAUCCAAUUUUACAUACGUAUUCUCCCAAAAACCCCUUGAGGCGAGACAAAGUAAGUCCUUUCCAUUUUUGUUAACAUAUGUAAAUAUGUAUGAUAUCAAACGGUUUUAUCAGAUAUAAAACCAAUAUAAUCCGUUUGAACGAUUCCAAAACGGGAAUAAAAAACAGUUUGCUAAAAUAUAUAAUCAAUAUAUUUAUAUAAAAACAUAAGGUAAUCAUUUCCGGCCUUAUAUGCUUACCCUUGUGUACACAAACACACCUAUAGAAAAUAGAAAACCAACAAAUUAUAUUCAAGUAUUUACUUGCAAAACUUUCAAGCAAUACCCCUUCUGUUUUUUCAAACAGUAAGCAGGAUUGCAUAAAAUAGGUAAGCAAAAGGCACACAAAAUCCAUAGCAAAGAGAACAAUUUCAAACAUACAUAUUUACAUAUUCACUUAUCAAAACCAUAAGUCUAAUAUAUAUAAAGGCAACAAACAUAACUUAGUACUUACUAAUACAAAUAAACAAACAUUCAAACACAAAUUAUUAUAUUGAAACAUAUUAACUCAUAUAUCCACAUGUGCAGAGGUUAAUCACCUUCACAUUUUCACUUUUCUUUUCUCGCUCUCUUCUUAUCGCGCUAAUAUAAGUAUACAUAUCUACACAAACAGAUACACGGUAUUCAUUUGCAUACGCGGUAAUGCACCCUACAUCCGGGUAUAUGCAAAUAUAAAAAUCUUAAUAAAUCAAAAAAAAAAAAAACGAGCAUAUAAUUUUUUCUAAAAAAAAAAAAAAAAAAAACGGUUAAAAUACAAAAUACACGUAUAAGCUGGUAAGAGUAUUAUAAUAUAUAAGUACAUAUAUAAACAAUUUAAGUCCGUAUAGGCAAAUAUUAUUACAACAAUACCCCUUGUUCUUUGUACUACAAAAACAAGCAGGAUUGUAUACCAACCAAUUCAGCAUAUCAUAUGCACAUAAAUAGGCACAUAGCGUGCACACAUAUGUACAAAGGUUACUGACCUUCUUUACCACUUUUACGAGCGCUAAUAUACAAGGACAUACGGAUAAGUUCGUAAUAUAUAAUAUAAAUAUAAAAUCGCAAGUAAAUACAAACGUGCGGUCAACAAAAACGAUUAACGCGUAUUUUAGCAAAUUUAAUAAUUUUAAUAACUCUUAUUUCCAAAAAGAGUUUCGGUUUUCGAGAUUUAUCAGUUAACACUAUCAGUUAACAACAAACAAUUUAUCUUAUCAAAUUUUCAAUUCUAAAUGAGCACAGACUCAAAAGAAUCUAAAUCAAGUCAAUUUUUACAAAUUCCGAAAAUGGCUGAUGAAGAUAAACCACAAAACACACCUGCAGAAGCUACACGCUCAAAGCAGAGUGUAAAACAAAAAAGAUCAAAAGAUCCUUUACUAUCAAGAUUCAUCACUGAAAGUGAUACUUUUAUAAACUAUUGCACGCAAUUCAAAGCUUCCCCUAUUGCUGACACCACGGAAUCGGUUUUAAAAGUAAAACUCGAAAGUGUCCACGAAAUAUGGGCACGCCUUCUGGCAGCGUACGAUACAGUAAUUGAUGCUGACGACGCUGAACUCCCAGAAAACAUAAAAGCUUCGGCGACAGCCAAAUUAAAUAAUUGCCGUGGUCAUAAAGAAAUAAUAAAGGGAAUGAUAAGCGAACAGUUAAAUGUAUUAAGGCCAAAUAGCGCCACUACUCCCCCUCCCAGAGAAGUCACAACAACAAAAGAAGACCUAGAUAAAGGCAUGUAUCUAAAUGUACCAACUUGUGAUACUGAAGUUUUUACUGGAUGUUAUGAACAAUGGCCGUCCUUCCGGGACAUGUUCACAGCCCUUUACAUAAACCAUCCUAGACUUGCAGAAGCACAAAAGCUAUUCCAACUAAGGUACAAGACACAAGGGGAAGCAGGCAUUAUCGUCAAGCAAUUCGAUGUAAAUGGCGACAAUUUUAAGCUGGCUUGGGAUGCACUAGUUCAAAGAUAUGAAAAUAAAAGGGUAAUGAUAGAAAACCCUAUAAAAACUAUAUUACAUUAUCCAAAAAUUAAACAAGAAUCCAGCCAGGAAUAUCAAAAAUUUUACUCGACAGUGACUAAUUGCCUGUCAGUGUUAAAAACACAAAAUUCUCCCGUAGAAUAUUGGGACCAUAUGAUAGUAACUAUCUGUACAGAAAAACUCCCUCAGGCUGCGGUACUUCGAUGGGAGCAAUCACUUGACGAUAGAAGAGUAAUGCCCACUUGGGAGCAAAUGAAGAAAUUCCUCGCUGCUCAGUACGAGAUAGCUGAGCGAAUGGGCAGCCAAAAUAUGAAUAUAUCAAGUCAUCAAAAUGAGUCGAGUAAAACCUCGUUUAAGCCUCAAGCCAGCAAUAAUAUGCAAUAUAAUAGACCUGUCAAUAAAAGUCACACAUUCGUUUCAAAUCAAAAUAAUCAACGGCAAUUGUUGUGUGACCUCUGUAAAGAAGGUCAUAAAUUAAGAUCUUGCGAGAUAUUCAAAAAAUUACCCGUUUCAGAUAGAAACAAUGUUGUCCGUCAACAUAGACUUUGCAUAAACUGUCUGUCGAAUAAUCAUAUGACAAAAGACUGUGAAAGCAAAUUCAAUUGUGUAUAUUGUCAACGAAGACACCACUCACUGCUUCACAUUACUAAUUUUCAAAAUAUGAAGCAAAAUAAGUUUAAUAAAACCACGGGGUUAGUCGCUACGACCACAUCAAAUAAUCCCGAAAUAUCAAAUCCCGAAAAAAGGGAAGAACAACCAUCAUGCUCUAAAGCAGCAAAAAUUCAAGCGCUUCAUUCAGAAAAUGAAAGCAAAAUUCUUUUACCCACUGCGGUCAUCACCAUUGAACAUAAAGGUGAUUUAUUCAAACUAAGAGCACUAAUAGAUCAAGGCUCUCAAAGAUCCUUUAUAUCUUCAAAGGUUCAAAAUCGGCUCAAACUGCCAAUAAAACAUUCUAACUUUCAAAUCUCGGGAAUGGGCGGGAGCAUUAUUCAAAAUUCCAACAAAAUAUGCCCAAUCACCAUAGUAUCUCCAAGUGCGGAUAUUAGAAUAGAUGCGCAAGCCAUCGUUCUACCGCAACUUACAAAUUUGCUUCCAAGCUAUGAAGUUAAUAAAAAACACUGGGAAAAAUGCUCACAUCUCAAGUUAGCAGAUCCCAACUGUCAUACCCCAUCCCAAAUCGACAUAUUAUUAGGCAGUGACUUAAUACCUCAAAUAAUUCUUGAAGGUAUUGAGAAAAUCUCCAAUAAAUUGUUAGCCCAAAAUACAAUCUUUGGGUGGAUUAUAAGUGGCCAAGUCACUGAAAAAAUAAAUUCUUUCACAACACAAGUGGAAAACAUCACAAACGAAUAUUUAAAUAACCAACUUAAAAAAUUCUGGGAAGUAGAAGAAUUACCUCAAAUCACUCAACUUUCAGAAGAAGACCAGGCAUGCGAAGCCUACUACAAGUCCACAACAACAAGAAACGAACAUGGUCGUUAUGUUGUGCGACUCCCAUUCAAACCUACUUUUCCAGAAACCACAGCUCUUGGCCACUCUAGAAUAUCAGCAGUCCAGCAAUUCCUAAGCAUGGAAAAAAGCCUGAUAAAGAAAAGUGAGCUUAAAUCAGCAUAUGAUAAUGUGAUGGAGGAAUAUCUUGACCUCAAUCAUAUGGAAGAGACUGUACCAUAUGAGAAAAUUUCCAAAGGUAGAUAUUUGUCUUUUUACCUUCCACAUCAUGGGGUAAUAAGACCAGAUAAAAUCACAACGAAAGUACGAGUGGUUUUCAAUGCCUCAAAAUGUACGAGCUCAGGCAAAUCACUCAAUGACGUACUAUACACAGGGCCAACAUUACAACCUGACCUCAUGUUGCUAAUACUAAAUUGGCGCAUGUUUAAAUACGUUUUUAACGGAGACGUUGAAAAAAUGUACAGGCAAAUUAUGGUACAUGAAGAUGACCAAGAUUUCCAACGCAUAGUCUUCCGCAAUUCAAUUAAUAGUCCAAUUAGCGACUACAAACUUAAAACAGUUACCUUUGGCAUCAAUUGCGCACCUUAUUUAGCCAUUAGGACAUUACAUGAAGUUGCAAAAACAUGCGAAACUAAUUUGCCCCUAGCAUCUUCUGUGUUGCAAACACAAACAUACGUGGACGACAUACUAUCAGGUAGCCACAGUAUCCCAUUAGCGAGCGAAUCACUAUCUCAAGUGAUCAAAGCACUUAAUUCAGCAGGGUUUCCCCUCAAGAAAAUUACAUCAAACCACCCCGAAAUAAUAAAAGAUAUAAAAAAGGAAGACUUAUUAGAUACAGACUUCCUUAAGUUUGAAAAGGCUAGUACAACAAAAACACUAGGGAUUCAAUGGAAUGCGAUAACAGAUCAAUUCUCAUAUACAAUUGAGUCAAUAUCUGCAAUGUCCGCCAUAACCAAACGCCAAAUACUUUCCUCGGUGGCAAAACUUUUCGACCCCGCAGGAUGGCUUUCGCCAAUAAUGAUUCAAGCCAAAAUCCUCAUUCAAGAAUUGUGGCAAGAUGGCACUGAAUGGGAUGAACAGGUAAAACCUAUACGCUUAACAAAAUGGGUUCAAUUUGCUAACAACUUACACACUAUAUCAGAAAUUCGAAUCCCUCGAUGGGUAAACUUCAGCCCUGACAUUAAUGUAGAAUUACACGGUUUCUGUGACGCCUCUGAAAAGGCAUAUUGCGCAACUGUCUACGUACGAACUCAGUACGAUAGUAAAAUAUCUUCACAUCUUUUGGUAGCCAAAGCCAAAGUUGCACCUUUGAAGACACUAAGCCUGCCACGGCUCGAACUGAAUGGCGCCCUUCUGUUAGCAAAAUUAAUUUCAAUAGUUCAAACCCAUCUCAAAUUAAACGAUCACAAAAUGUAUCUUUGGUCAGACUCAGAAAUAGUUCUAGCAUGGUUAGAAAAACCACCCUAUACUUGGAAGACGUAUGUCUCUAACCGUAUAUCUCAAAUAUUAGACUUAGUUGGCCCAGCAAAAUGGCAACAUGUUGCAAGUGCAGAUAACCCAGCGGAUCUUGGCACAAGAGGUUGCAAACCACUUCACCUCACCAGCACUACACUCUGGUGGAACGGUCCUACAUGGCUAACAGAGUCACAAGAAUUCUGGCCAAAAUCUCCUGCUCGGAAUAUAAUUCCGCCGGAAAGUCGGAAAAUUGAAAAUUUUCAUAUCACUCCCGAAGAGGAUGAUAUUCUCCACCGAUUUUCAUCAUUCCCCAGAGCACUAAGGGUAAUCGCUUACAUCCAUAAAUUCAUCCAAAGGAUUAAACAAAAAAUUAAGGGAAUAUCAAGUGAUCAUUGCGCACAACUAACUCAUUCCGACUUGCAACAUGCCAAGGUCAGUCUCAUCUUAUAUACCCAAACUCGCUAUUUCAGCCGAGAGAAAUCAAAGCUACUGGAAAAACGACCUCUCGAAAAAGGAAGCUCACUUCUCGUCCUUAACCCAUUCCUGGACGCUAAGGGAUUAAUACGGGCAAAUGGAAGACUAGCAAAUUCCAGCCUUAGUUAUAACGAACGAUAUCCCAUUAUUAUUCCAGAGAAAUCCCGUUUUACCAAUUUAUUUCUGAUAUAUCUCCAUCAGCUUACACUGCAUGGUGAGCAUCGCCUGAUGCAACAAAUGGUCCGGCAAGAAUUUUAUAUACCGCGACUAAAGCCACAAAUUAAAAGAACCAUCUUCAUGUGUAAACAGUGUACGAUAUACAAGCACAAGAUGCGUACGCAGAUCAUGGCAGCCUUACCACCUGAACGCUGCAAUUAUGCUCUACCCUUUACCAUCACUGGGGUUGAUUUUGCUGGACCUUUCCAGAUAAAGGCCUCGAUGUUAAGGUCUUCCUCAUUUAGAAAAGGGUAUGUGGCUGUCUUUGUAUGUUUUACGACAAAGGCAGUACACCUAGAGCUAUGUUCCGAUCUGACUACUGCGGCUUUUCUUGCAGCAUUUGCACGAUUUGUCGGACGACGUGGAUUUCCUUUAAAAAUUAUGAGCGACAAUGGAAAAAACUUUGUCGGAGCUCAAAGAGCCACAGAAAGGGAGUUUUUACAAUUCAGCCAAGAAGUAGCCCCUGAAAUUGUCAAAAAAUAUGCACCCCAAGGGAUCGAUUGGCAAUUCAUACCACCAUGUUCUCCACACAUGGGCGGACUUUGGGAAUCAGCAGUAAAAAGCUUCAAAUUCCAUUUAAAGAAAACGGCAGGUAACCAUAAGUUCAAUUAUGAGGAGUUUACCACACUACUCGCUCGUAUCGAAGCCGUUCUUAACUCUAGACCUAUCUCACCACUCUCGCAAGAUCCCUACGACUUCACAGCCUUAACCCCCGGGCAUUUUCUCAAAGGAGCACCCAUUCUGGCCAUACCUGAGCCAGGCGUGGAGUCGCUAUCCUUAUUAAACAGAUGGGAACGAAUUAAAAUUCUCCAUCAUGAUUUCAGCCGUAGAUGGAAGGAAGACUAUAUCAAGGACCUCCACAAGAGAUACCGCUGGAAAGUUCAAGGAAAAGAACCAAAACUUGGAGAUUGUGUCCUUAUACAAGACGAUUGUCUCCCACCUUCGGAAUGGCGACUUGGACGCAUAAAGCAGCUUCACUACAGCUCCGACGGUCAUGUUCGAGUAGUUGAUCUCCGCACCCAAACCGGAACGCUAACCAGACCGCUCGUCAAAUUAUGCUUUCUGCCAAACGCCGAAGAUAAAGAAACAGCAAUAUGGACGUAGAAAUGGCAUCACCAUCAACGCCAACUAUGCGUUCGGUUGUUCCCGCUCCGCGCCCUGGAACUGCCCCAAUCGCAGCACGCCGGACCACCAUUCCAACCGCCGUGCCUCAACCAACAACAGGCACCACCGCGCCAACGGCCCCGGGCAAUAGCAUGGCAUCAACACCAGCAUCACCCGCACUAACAGCGGAUUUGCAGCGCAUUCGAUGCCCAUUGUGUCGACGCCCGCAUCGACUAUCGCACUGCGGCAUUUUUAAAGGCAUGCCACCGAUGCAACGCCAACAAGUUGCACAGGCACACGGCUAUUGCCUAAAUUGCCUGGGAACUACUCACGCAACGCAGGAGUGCCCGUCCAACAAUCGCUGCCAAAUCUGUGUGCGUUCGCAUCACACGCUGCUGCACCGCACUACCAGACGCGACGCAGGGCGACAAGCGGCUCCUCGCACCAGUGAUAACAUCAGGCGUUCUCAAAGAGCGCCUUUGAUACAAUACCGCCGGCGUGGACCCCCGUCUGCAGAAUCCCGUCACUGGCAACACCGUGCCACAUCAGCACGACGUCAGCAGCCUAGGCCGCAAUCCCGCCGGUCAACAGGCCUCAGCAGCGUCGUAGCCACGCUACAGCAGUUACAGCGGCUUCUAGGCUAAACAUUCGCCUAGGGGGGCCGGGAUGGCUAAAUGAGUCAAAACGAAAAACACACUCAUAUCAUUUCACCACACUACAUCCACCUCAUCACGCCAGAGAACACUACACGUUAACACACACACACACACAUACAUCAAAACACGAUGACAGCAUACAAACUUUAACAAAAAGGAAUAGAAAGGAUAGCACUUCACCCUUUCUUUUCGAUAACGUCGUUCGCAUCGCACCUCCGUGUUCGCAGCAUACCGGUUUUCCG